AUGGACGCUGAAGCGGCUGUGAUGCCGCCCCCUGCACCGUACAGGUAUGAGCCCCUGGACUCCCCGAUAAGCAUUCGGCUGCUGGACUUAUUGCCUGGCGCCGAACCGGAUCCUGUCCAUGUCGUUUUGCGCCAGGUUGAGUUGCCCGAAGAUUCGGAUACGAUUGCCAUGGCUAGCGAGGCAUAUUACACGGCGUUGUCGUAUACCUGGGGACCACCAGAUCCACAGUUUUUGAUAUACGUCCAAGGCAAAUCGUACCAAGCUCGGGCGAACCUCCUGAGCGCUUUGAGUCACUUACGGGACCGUCAGACAGUCCAGACCUUUUGGAUCGACGCUCUUUGCAUCAAUCAAGGAGAUGUAUACGAGAAAAAUCGCCAGGUCAGCCUCAUGGCAAGGAUAUACCGCACGGCGAGAAAGACGAGGGUAUGGCUAGGGAGCUCCACCGACCAAAGCCUCAUGGGAAUUCAGUGGCUUGCGGACGAGUGCGACGAUAUUUCCAACCCAGCCUACGAUCUUCGCGCUGCGCCAAUACAGUCGCUGGCUUCCUUGCUGAAACAGGCCUACUGGUCUCGAGUGUGGAUAAUACAGGAGUUUCUACUAGCACGGACGAUUGAGCUGCAGUACGGCAAAGUCGUCGUCGCCGGACAUAAUCUCGAAAAAGUUUGCCUCGCUAUGCGACACCUCCUGCCGCAAAGUCAAGCGACAGCCUUGGUGAAUCAAAGAACAGCUACACUCAGAGGUGACACCCCCUUGCAGAGCCAGACGCUUGAAUCACUCAUUCGAACAUACAGCAGUUCUGAAUGCACAGACCGGCGGGACAGGGUAUUCGCCCUUCUUUCACUUGCCGCCGACUGUGCCUCGGGCACCGGUAUGAAACCUGACUAUGGAAUUACCCGGUUUGGCUUGCUCAUGCAAGUGUUAGAAUUCUGCAGGCCAGAGAAUCCAGUUGAGUUCAUCUCCCUCUUGCUCAGAGCUUUGCAAAGGCAUGAAGGAGACGUCCACUGGGGAGAAGCUUUGGAAUUGUGGACCCAAGGAACACUCUCGCAGCUGGAUCCGAGCGUCUGGGAAGGAUUUUCUCCCGAGAUUGGAUUCGACAUCACUCGUAUGUAG